AUGGCUAGUCCCAACGUUCUUACCUUUGAUGCUGAGAGUCGAGCGGUAGACUUUGAGGUGUGGAUAGAUGAUCUGCAGCUUUUCCUGCAGUGCGAUAGCAAACACGACCUCUCACUUUUCGAUCUCACGUCUGGCGCCUCUACUGCCCCUGCUGCCGAUGCUGACAGUACUGUUCGCUCACAGUGGACCACGCGCGAUGCUGCUGCCCGUCUUGCUGUGCGUAGUCACCUGCCGUCCACUGAGCGCGCGCACAUUAGUCAGUACAAGACUGCUAAGACCUUGGACCACUUCCUCUCUGUUUACCCCACCACACUCACCGUUGACCUCCUCGAGGAGCGCCUCUUUGCAACUGAGAAGAGUAUAGUCGCUGUAGGAGCCUCUCGAAGUGACCCUCGUGCCCCUUUCUUUGAGGGGUGUUCCCCCGUCCCCCUCUUGCCCUCUGUUGCCUCUGCUGCUGCUGUCGACCUCGUUGGCACCGAGUCGGUCGGCGUUGCGUCUACCCCUAGCGGGAGGCGCUGCAACGGCAAGGGCAAGGGGGACAAGGGUGCUGGGGGAGCGGGCGGGGGUGGUGGUGGUGGCGGUGGGGGCGGCGGAGGGGGUGGGGGUGGCGGUGGGAGUGGUGGCGGGGGUGGGGGCUCUGGUGGCGGCGGCGGCGGAGGCGGCGGCGGCGGUGGCGGUGGGAGUGGAGGAGGCGGCGGUGGCGGCGGUGGCGGUGGCGCUGGUCGGGUUGGCUCUGUGCCGCGGGGAGGCUUCGGUGGUGGCCACCGUCAGCAGCAGCAGCGCUCUCGUGAGACCGCGCCACCCCAGCAGCUUCGUGAGUGGUACGCUGCGCGUCAGCGGUCUGGGGGUGCUGGACCCUGUGCCUACGUCAUGCGUACUAGUGACUAUAAUGGGGAGCCGUGCUACGGGCCGCACACCACCCAGCGCUGCUUUGGCCGCCUGACUGACCCCUGGCGUCUCCAGUUCCUUGACGCCUCUGAGAUCCCUCGCUGGGGUGAUUCGCUUAAGUCGGGUGUAGCUAUCUUUGAUCUUGACUAUGAUGCUAUUGUUGCUGCCAUGUAUGUUGUGUCUACUAGUGAUGAGGGUGACUGUUACCUGUGUGUUCCGCCUGACCCGAGCAUUGCAGCUGCUGCUCUAGGUGCUCGUGAGUCCGCUGCUCCAGCGGCCCCGUCUAGCUCCCUGUCAGGUCUUUACGUCCCCUCAUUCUCUACGAACUUGGUGAGUUGUGCUGACCUGUCAGUUCACUCCUGCGAGUCAGCGGGUGACCCACUGCACGUGUGCUCGGACGGGCCGAUAAAUGGCCACGUUAACCCGUCAGCUGGGGUCGAGCCUACCCUCCUCUGGCACCACCGCCUUGGUUACCCUUCCCUGCCUCGUCACCGAGGCAUGGCCUCCCGUUACCUUGUCUUUGGUCUCCCCAAGUACCUCCCUCCCCUUCCUCCGGGGCCUGCCCCUACCUGCGUUCCCUGCGUCGAGGGGCGGCAGCGCGCCGCUCCUCACUCCUCCAAGUUUCCGCCGACAGAGGCUCCGCUGCAGACUCUUCACAUGGACGUGUGGGGCCCAGACCGCGUCCGUGGACAGGGUCAGGAGCGUUAUUUCCUCUUGGUGGUUGACGACUACUCGCGUUACACCGCAGUCUUCCCCUUGCGCACCAAGGGUGAGGUCACUGGGGUGUUGAUCGAGUGGAUCCGCGCUGCUCGUCUCCAGCUCAGAGAGAGUUUCGGCUCGGACUUUCCUGUUCUGCGUCUGCACUCCGACAGAGGUGGAGAGUUUUCCUCCAACCUUCUGCGAGCCUUCUGUCGCGCGAGGGGCAUCCGCCAGACGUUCACGUUUCUUGCCUCUCCACAAAAAAAUGGGAUUGCUCAGCGCCGCAUUGGCAUGGUCAUGGACGUCGCUCGUACGUCCAUGAUGCAUGCGGCUGCUCCUGUGGCCGUUCGCGGUUCAGUUGGCGAUGCGUCUGCGUUCCGUGUCUGGGGAUCUCGAGCUUUCGUCCGAGACUUGUCUGCGAACAAGCUGUCCUCUCGUGCUGUUCCAUGCGUCUUCCUUGGUUUCCCCCCUGACGUGCCUGGUUGGCAGUUUUACCACCCCACCUCGCGCCGUGUUUUGUCCUCCCAGGACGUCACGUUUGACGAGUCGGUUCCGUUUUACCGUCUCUUCCCCUACCGCGCUGCCCCCCUCCCCCCCCCGCCGCUCUUCCUCGCGCCAGGUCCCCUCCGGUAG